AUGUCAAAUGGUGUUGUGCUGUGGCUGAAAAAGCAGGCUCUAGUUCUUCCUGGAGCGAAUGCAUUGGAUCUAAAUUUGUCGUUGAAAAAAAUGUCAGCUUCUAUGAAUAAACUCUACAUGUUAUGUAGUGUUCCUGUAUCAAGUAUAGGCACGAAAUCAUAA